AUGAAAAACUUUGCAACUAACCCCAAAAAUAUUGGUGGAAUGAAGAUGCUUAAUGAUAAUAUGUUUUUACAUCAUAAAGCUCUUAUUGAUGCUAAACCAGCUAUCAAAAUUAAACCACCUAGACCUGUAAAUAAUUAUUUAAUCUUAAGCAUGUAAACAAUAUUAAAAAUGUGAAUCCUUAAAAACCUAAAGAAAUUGAUCUUCCAAUGUAUAAGAAUAAAAAAGAAUUUGAUCAAGUAAUGAAGACAUUUCAAACUGUAAUUGGAAUGAAGAAAGGUAAGAAAAAUUAAUCAAUUUAGGGAGAAUUGAUUCAAAUGCUCCUAUUACAAUGGAAUUUAGAAGGAACAUCUCAGGUAAUGCUACAAAAAAAGAAAAAUUUGAUAGAGAUUAACAUAUAUUAAAUUUACAAUCUCAAUAUAGAAGGAUAGCAAGUGCUGGAAGCAUGUAAGAAAGAAAAAAAAAUUCAAAUGAUCCAAUAGCUCAUCCUCCUAGGUUCUUUAGAAGAGAAGGAGAAACUAUGGCAAAUAUUAAAAUUGAUAAAUUGUUACACCAUUUUGUAAAUUAUAAUCUUAUUACAUAAUAGACUAAGGAAUAACGUAUGCUUGAAGAAACUCCAAAUAGUGAACUAUCAUAAAAGAUAGAAGCAUUAAAUAAAAAGAAGGUUCAACUUUCAAAACCAAAAUAACCAAGAGCAUAAUCAGCUAAACUUCCAUCUUAAAAAUCUGAACCUUCAAGUAGAAUGAAAACUAGAAAUGCUGAUGAUAUUACUACUGAAGUAAAGGAAAUACCUAAAGUUUCUACUAAUUCUGAAGAGGAUCUAGAAUAAUUAAGGUAGAUGUUAAUAAGUAAAAAUCUAUUUCUAUUUUUAGGAAUAAUUUUUCAUCAUAAAAUUUUCAAAACAGCAGAUUUAGAAACUUUAUUUGCUCGAGUUUUAAAUUAAAAUCCUUAGAUUGAUUUGAUAAGAGCAGAAAUACUCUUUGAAAUGAUUAGAGAACAACUAAAAUCUGAUUGA